AUGACCAUGCUUUGGCAACGCGGCACAGAGGCUCCGAUGGACACCUCGCCAGCUGGUCCACCUCAGCCCAGCAUCUUCGACCGAGACGAUUCGCAAGCAUGGUCUGCACAAGCGUCCACAUCGCAUCUACCGGCAGACAUCGACAUGGCCGACGUCGAAAUGUCAAGCCUCACACCACCAUCGCAUAAAGCGUCCGGACUUCGAUACCAUGUGACCGAUCAAAGCGACGAUCUGGCAGACGACUCGAUGGGCAAUGCUGACGGCCUCGCGAGCAGCAAUUCCGCCAAGGCAGCAACGCAGCAUGUUCGUCGCAAGCGCAGCAUUCUCAGUAGAAAGGGCAAGCGUCUGGCACAUCUGCAGAGUCGCGACCUCGUCCCCGCUUCCAGAGGCUCUUACACGAACCAUAUCGCCGACGAUGACGAUGACCAGGGGAGCAGCUACAGCACCGAGGGAGAAGAUGACGGUGACGAGGUUGACGUGGCGAGUCGACGCAAAGGUACACCAAGUCGGAUCGGGUCCAUCACCAAGUACGCCGUCAACUACAUCCUUCCCAAUGCAGUGUCUCCUGUACCACAAGAACUCGCUGCCUCUUCUUCGUCGGUGCAUCAUAUGGACAAGCCAGAGCUCUUGCUCGGCUAUGCACAGCUCAUCUUUAACGCCAGCAUCCUCUCGACUUUCCUCUAUCUUCUCUAUCAUGUUGUUCGAACGGUGCAGAAGGAUGUCGCUGAGAAGGUGCGAUCGUACGAAAUGGAUACACUGUCCGAGAUCACAGCCUGCGCUGCGGCGUACACGGCCAACCGAUGCGGCACCGACAUGCAAGCACCAGCUCUGGCUAACGCAUGCAGGAACUGGGAGCGUUGUUCAGCACGCGACCCAGCAGUGGUCGGCACAGCACGUGUCACAGCCGAAACCUUUGCCGACAUUCUCAAUGGGUUUGUCGACUCGGUCAGCUGGAAGACCAUGCUGUUCACGCUCAUUUGCUUCUCGAUCGUGGUGGGGGCGACCAACUCGUUCCUCUCCUUCUUUCGUAUCAAGUCGCGAUCUCGAACUCAGGCCGUAGACCACGGCACGCAACAAGCGCAUUACUCAGGGCCACCGCACACCUCCGCACCCCCUCACACAUCAGCUGGAGGACCAUCGCAUGAGGCUGGUCACGCAAGCGGUGUCGCUCCGUAUUAUCAGUCUCACCUCCAGCAUCCGAGCUAUGCACCGGCUCCUCACUACGGCUACCCGGCGUGGCAGCAGCUCCCACCUUCCACACCGUCGCGCAGACGGACACGCCAAGACACUUGA